AUGGAUCUUGGAGCAGAGUCAAGAAAGCUAAAUGGAAUUAAUGAGAUCGAAGUUAUCACCGCCAAGACUUCGGAUAAGGCUCAUCCACCUUGCGAUAAUGACUUUGAUUGCCUCUUUAGAUGUCCCAUGAGUGGAAUCUGCGAUCUUAAAUUACACACAUGUAUAUGUGACUCAUUAUAAAGAACCAUUGUUUAUCAAUAAAACAUUAAACUCU